AUCUGUUUGCAAAGAGUCGCUUGAACUUUAGACCUAGUUCAACUCACAGGCUCUCAGGUCCUAGAUGCCAGCUGUGCCUUGCUCUUUGUAAGGUCCCAGUACAACACAGAGCUCGAAUGGGUCCUUGAUCGGAGUUUGGACAGUUCACAACGAUAGGUUCUCUGAAGAAAAAAGAAGACGAUAAAAGAGUGCAGGACCGACAACUCCAGCUCAGUUGUCUUUGCCCAAAAAAAGGGACCUUUUUGGGUCUUCUGCUGCUCCAACAGCUUAGCGUCACCGUAUAGAUUUCAUAUCACGUACUGCAAAAGAUGCGCAAAAAUUCACCGCAACCCAACAAUACUAACGAACAAAAACUUUAUAAUGUCUGUUCUAAAUACCGGGCAGCGCUACGCGCCAAAUCCAAAAUCGAAUCAAGCAAUCAGGCUCUCCCGCUAAUUUACCCGUUUUCUUGCCGAACAUCUCUUGCAGCCUUUCAAGCUACAAAGCAACGGUUUUCAUCUUCUCUCAGCUCUGGCCGACAACAACAAGCCAUUUUUCCUAUGUCUUCAUUUUUAUCUCACGGUCUAACCAGUUGUCAUCAUUACCAACAUCAUAGUCUCAAUAUGAAAAGCAACGAUUUAAAUAUUUGCGCGUUCUUUCUGGACGCCCGCUACUCGCUCUGUCCCUGGCGGCAUCAGCGAACGCAUCCAUUCGCCCACUCUUCACGACGCUACCCUUUCCCAGCAUCUCGUUGCCGGUGGCGUGUGGGUGGGGUUGAUGGUCUGAUCAGUAGUUCUGCUGUUGGCCGCCGUAUUGAUUUUGCUUCCGCCAUGUUGUCUUCGCUUCGUCGUCUGGUUAGUACCGUUUUGUGUUGGCGCUACGGCAUCGGCGGCUGCCAGCAGCAGCUGCAGCUGCAAUUGCAGCAGGGUUAGUCACGGCGACGGCAAGACGAAGCCAGUCACUGCAUCAUCGCCCGCGCCAUAUCGCUGCAGCGGUUCACUGACGCGCGCCCGCAGCUGCCGCCGCCGUACAAGAGGGAGACGACACGCGUAGAAGCUGCGGUCGUCGCAAGUCGCGAACAGCGAGCCGUGGGUGGCGCUGAGAGUGGUUGAUUUUGGUGCUAGUGUUGCUGCUGUUCGAGCAGUUGUUGAAGAGUAGAAAGCUGCGGCUGGGCGUGUGGCCGCCGUUCGGUUCAGUUCAAUUGGCCACUGUGUGGCGGUGCUUUAUUCACGGGUUGCCUGGUGCUCAACUUAAGAAGUGGCCUGUUCGCGGACGCGUCUGCGUGUUGUGACGACGCUACCAAGCACUAUCGAGCCGUCGUUCUGUCGCUAAUUUGUUGGUUGUUUUGGGGCGUGUGUAUGUGCGCAUGUUAUUGUGAAGUUGUUUCUUUUUGUACGAGCCAUUUUUCUGACGGUAGCUACAACACGCUGUUGGGUGAUGGUGUGGCAGGAGAUCCGCUCAGGAAAGGAGUUGAGCAGACUGUGGCCAAUCAACGAUCCUUCCUCGUUUCUUACCUACACCCGUCUUAGCAGUUGACGUUCUAACUUAUAUUAACGUCAUCACCUUUUUCCAGAUUAGCAACAAUCAAAUCGCAGGAAGUGCGCGCGGGCCUUGAUCUCCGUACUGCCUGAGAUAUCUCUAAUUCUAAUUGUAACAAACAUAAUAUAUUAAAAUCGACAUCGUAUUGAGAAUAUCUCUUGAGGCUUGCAAUUAUCACCGAAUGAAUGAAAAAAAGAGGUGUUAAUAAUGAUCGGGUACGCCGUGAGUGUGGCUCUCUUACUGUUAUUUUUGCUGACAAUUAUUUUGUGAACGUGGCCUGGAGGCAGGUUGUCGUAUACGCAUGGAUGGCUCAGAGUCAGUCACGACUGCAAUCUUCCUGUUGCUAAACAGCUACACCUGUUACAGUCGUUCCCAACCUAUAGCAAUAAGAAUAACGAAGACAAUAACAACAACAACAAAAAAAAAAUCGCCGGAGUAGUCUAACAGCACUGCGUUAUUCCUUCAAUAAAAAUAAAAUUAAAUGAAAAAGCGUCAUUUCGUGCUAUUAUCCGGCAUUGUAGGUAACCAACUUUCUACGUGACGGCUAUCUGUCGACUACCAUAUCUCUGACUCCUACCACAGAUCGGAAUAACAUUUUAUUAUCAUAGGUUCUUAAAGUUUCACUGAAGCCUGUUUUGCCUAUCCAUGGGGCCCGUCGUGUUCAUAACGAAGCAUCAGUAACGAAAACGGAAGCGUAUUACAAGUGCUAUAUCAUUUUGAGUCUCAUUUGGGUCUAGUAGAACCCAAAAACGUUCGCCACGUAGAGGUCGUUAAAUUGAGAAUCAAGAGGAUUAACGCGUUUGUUUUGUGAAUCAGUCAGUACGCGCUCGGAACCGACACUAAACAAAUAUAACAACAACAGCAGUAAAACAGCAAAUACAGGAAACUGUGGCGUAUCACUAGACGGAACGAAGAACUAGUGGCCGUAGUGUCACCAACUUCAGAGUAGGUAUCGCUCUACGGCGACGAUUGGAGUGUUGUGGAUAAUACGCUUUGAAGAGAUACAGUGAGACCCCGAGAUCGAGGAAACACGGAAGAGUUACGCUACAGAAUCGUGCUAGACGUAGUUGGCAGUAGUAGAACUAGCUGUGGUAGUGGUCAUUGUGAGAUGUCUGGCUGGGCUAGACGAGUUCACAGAGGGGCAAGCACCCUCAGCAGUGUUGUCACAUCGUGUGGAUACAACGCCCCCUAUACGAUACGCAUGGAAAAGGUGAAGUUUGGCUGUGCAUUAGAAGAUACGUGUCGAGCACAUGGGGAUAUCCCGGGUCCCCUCCUUGUAUUAGUGCUUUGCAUCAAUAAACUCGGGCCUCACAAGAGGGACGUCUUCCGUGCACCAGGACAUCAAGGAAACGUAAAAAAGCUGACAGAGUUUCUAGAGCAAGGGAGAUUGGUGAACCUGGACAAAUUUUCCGUUCACACUUUGGCGUCGGUCCUUAAGAAGUUCCUUCGCAAGAUACCUGGAGGAAUUUUUGGAUCAGAUAUUGAAAGCAGCUUAUUAGAGGCUAUCCAGGAUGAGGCGCUGCCACUUGAUGAUAAACGCGAUCAAAUAGCACAAAUAAUUAGCGAUCUUCCUCCGCUGACACAACGCCUUCUCGUGUUGAUCUGCGGAACGUUGCGCACUAUUACGGCAAGCAGCGAAACAAACCGAAUGAACGCUGAGGCCCUGGGCGUGAGCGUGGCGCCCUCGUUCUUUCGCUCAUGUGAUGGCAUCAAUAAAACAGCCAGAAUGGAAGAUAUCGUCAAAUUUAAGAAUGCCACGAGAGCAAUGCGAUUUCUGAUUGAGCAGUUCGGAUCGAGUAACGUCUACGGUCGGGAAAAUUAUGAAUACUACGCCCGGAUGACUGGCCGGGCUCUUCGAGUUGAUGGAGGGUGGAUUUUUGCUGAUCGAUAUCCAUUCGCAGUCCACGCAGAUGCAGCGGCAAUGCUCCUGGGCCGAGCGCCACCGUCGUUAGAGAUUUCUGAGGCUCGUGGUGAAACUGCUGGCCUUUGCGAUGAAGAUCAGGUGGUUCCCCCUUGGUUACUACCCGGUUGCGGUGAUGGAAGCGCUGGUGGGGCUGGUCUUUCUUCGUGCGCCUCCACACCUAUCCUCAAUCUGUCGGGGGUUUCGCAAUACGAAGGCGGUGAAGUCGCGUGUUGUGGCAGGCUGUCUAGUUCGCUAGAGGACAAUACGUUGUUACCACAUUCGCUCGCGCUAAAGGCAGCAUCUGCUGUCGCAGCAAGUCGUCACAACGGAACGUCUUCGGGUGUUGCCUGCUAUAUUAAUCCUGGCUGGCGGACUGAUCCCAACGGCGCUCGUUCACUAUCGUGCAUCUGCGAGUACCAGCAACAGCUGCAGGUACAGGGUGAGGCCGGCAACAACAACGGUGAAUACGGAGCUGUCGGUACAGCAGGCGAAGCUCGAUGGACGGAGUCUAGUUCAUCGAAAAGACGCUCCGACCAGCUACAACCCCAACCUGCAUAUCCAGUGGGGAGUUCAACGAGUGCUGCCGCUGCCAACUUGUCGGGUCUGAUACAAGAUCAUCUCCAACAGCAUCCUACCGGGCCGUAUAAAUUUCAUCAUCAUCAACCCGAACCUGAUCACCGUUGCAUGACCGUGCCGAUGUCCACCGUUGAGCGAUCCGUCGGUGUUACUUCCGGUGCUGUGGCUGAUGCUGCGUAUGAUCAUGGCGCCGCCAUGAUCCAACUGCUUCGUCGUGGCAAAUGUAGUGACGCAGGAGGCCAUGACGACCCGGGUCAAGACCACCAGCGCUUUGAUGGAAAUCAUGAUGGUAGUGCCGAGAACAAUACCAAUAUUACUCGUAAUGGCCGAUUCGCCACUGCCCGCUGUCAGGACCAGUUAGCCGAUGAGCCUGAGAAUGCUUCAAGCAGACACGGCUGCAUGCAGGUUCUCAUCAAGGGUUCACCUGCUAAGAAGCCCAACCUGAUGAUGCACUCGCAAGCGGUCACGGACGGUCUCUGCCCUGGCACAGAGGUGAGGGUGGUUCGGCGAGAGACUAUCAAACGAGAAUGUAAAGAGUAUCGUGACAGCGGUCUGGAAACAACAAGCUUGCUUCUACAGACAAACCUGGUCGAGGCCUGGUUACCGAUUGAGCACCUUCAGCGCGCUUCGGACGAAACGGCAAAACAAGUGAAGGACUCACCAGCCACUCACAAGUCGAUGUCGUUCCUUCCUUUGGUCCACGAGCGCCAAACCGAACGAAUGCGUACUCGUUCUGAGUGGUUCCUUAAUCCGGGCCCGAGGCCAGAAACAACUAGCGCCGUCAAUUUGGCCACUCCGGGCAACAGCUUAGCGGUAGGCAACAGCCCGACAAAGAAUGCGCUUGCGCCGCCUAAUCGGUUUCCUCUCACGGGUCUGAACACAGCAUGUCGUACGGACGAAAAUGUGUUUCUUGCAAUCCCUAGCCUGGGUAACAGUUCUCGAACGCCGCUGGCUCCCCUGGGUACGCCCACCUUGCUCGGAGGUCCGAACUGCGCCCCACUAACUAAUAGCAACGGGAACAACAACGCACAUACCGUUGUCAACAGCUCCUUAUCGACUUCUGCAUUAUCGAUUCCUCUUUCUGGUUCGUUGCUCAACGUAGAUCGAUCAUCGUCGACGAAUUCGACAUCCAGCAAUUCGUCGGCGCCUGGUAUUCAGCGAAAAACGUCCCUCAAACGUUCAAAUUCACGUAAAAACAAAGAGAACUCUGCGUAUGGUUCAGCCAAGCGGACUUCAUCAGGAAGCACCAUCUCUGCAGCGGUCGACGCCCAGAAUGGCGCUUCUGAAGGAGCACAGCGGGCUGGAUCCCCCGCAACAGGAGGAACCGGAGGUGUGGUUACGGAAAACGUCGCUAACAUUUCCGGCGCCACGACAACGGCGCAUGGCCAGUACAAGGCCUUUCUUUAGCUAGGAAAAAGAUUACAUUUACCAUUAUCAUGAUCACGGCGAAAGCCACUCUCAGUGGCCAAACCAUUGUUGCAAAGUUUACUUUAUUCAUCAAAAAAAGGAAGUGAUAGAAAACGUUAAUUGACUAUGAUUUUUAGGCGAUAUUACGUGUCUGAAGAGGUUACAACCAAUCCGACGUUCUAUAAUGUAGACGGUAUAGAAUUACACAAGAUAAAUACAUUGACUGUAAUUUAAGAAUGGAACGAAGCAAUUUCAUUGCGUGUGCGUGUGUGUAUAACUCGUGGGAUAAGCCCACCUUUAAGUCUUUUUAAGAAUAAAUUUUUAUUAUACCAGCAGAUAUAGGUGCUGCA